AUGGCUUUCCUCUCAGCCCUUUUCAGUUGCUUCAUUCCAUCGUCUUCUUCGCGAAUAUCCGAUGCUACCAUGCACAAUCUGAAGUUGUCGGUGUCAGCGCCCUCAUUGGAGAAGCCUAAAGGCAAAGCAAAGUGGGGUGGAGCCCCAAUUCCA